CAAAGAGAUUAUAAGAAAGGAGGGUCAAGAAAUUGGCUGAGAGAGCUGGAGAAGUACUCCGAUCCAUCGUUGGGUUAGGUCCUGAAAGUCGGGAAUAAUUGGCUUUUGAAGCACACAUCGAAGGGUUUCAAGUUUUCAAAGUAAAGGGUAAAGCACUAAAGCUACAAGAUUGUGGCAACGUAAUAAAGCAUGGCAUCAACUAAUUCAUUACAAGCUAAUUAUGAUGCCGAGCUCGAUUUCAUAGACUGCAUGGUCACUCGUCUUGUUGACCGAGGCUACAUUAAGCGGGACGCAUUGAACCAAUUCUGCUCUGAAGGGAAUCUUCAACCUGAGCCUCCCGUUCAAGCUGACCCAGACUACAGAGAGCCUCAAAUAUCGAUGCAAAUCUUCACUGAAGAGAAUCAUCAACCUGCGCCUCCUAUUCAAGAUGACAAGAAGGAUGAGUACUGUAAAUACAUAGCAUUGCACAAAGCUGCUGUGGAAGGCGAUUGGGAGAAGGCCAAGAAAUUCUUCGAGAAAAACCAAGAAGCAGUCACUGCCAAUAUCAACUCGGACCUGGAGAAUGCCCUACACGUAGCAAUCCAAGCAGGAGGAAACAAGGCAAUCGAUUUCGUGAAGAAUUUGGUGGAAGAAAUGACAAUUGAGGACCUCGAACAUAAAAAUGUUUCUCGCCAAACUGUACUUAUGUACGCUGCUGGUGCUGGUAACACGCGUGCUGCGGUUAUUCUGGUGGAAAAACAUCCCCGAUUGUUGUAUAUUUGCGACGACGAUGGGACUCUACCGGUCCACAUGGCCGCCUCAUAUGAUCGCAAGGAUACUUUUCAAUACUUGUUGUCAAAGACUCAAGACGAGAAUGAUGGUGUUAGGCCCUUUGCAGGUGAAUCCGGGGUUGAGCUUGUUAGACAAACGAGGCCCUAA